AACGGGUGCUCUGCAGCUUUCGCUUUAAAUUCCAUCACAUUCUUCCCUGUAACCCUUCGACAAACACUUUAUCCUUUCACUUCUCUUAGCGAUGACCUGAAUCAAGUGAGUGUAUUCAUCCCACUGAAAGCUUCAUUCUCUUGCUGACAGUAUUUAGCCAGCAAUCACUGGACCGAGAGUCAUACUCAUCAUCUUCCUGAUCCUCGUCAUGUCUGGAAAUCAGCCAGCCUCCGGCCUUGAGCGCUUCUGCGGCCUCGUGUCUUUCGGCCACCCUCCCGUGGAUCUCUGCUCCGAGACAGCUGCGAAGAAGACGGUCGUCUCGCAACGGGACCUGAGCAACGAGGGCCAUGGUCGAGCACUAAGAUACCGAUUGCGUAGCGAACAACACGAUCUCUAUCAGCGCAAGUCCAAGAAGGAUCGCCACAAAUCCACUGCCACUCCCAAAGACCACAUUCCUGCAGCUGCUCGCCGCCUACUGGGAUCCUCCUCAUGCCUGCUAGCUACAUUUGGUCCUCUAGCCCGCGUGUUCGGCAUUGGUGAACUCAGCGAUGUAAUUCUGGGCGAACUCGAACACAACGAUCUUAUGAGUUGUCUGGGAGGCACACGCGUGCUACGCCGAGCAGUGCAGAAUUGUCCAGCUGCUCAAACAUGUCUCGAAACCCUUCCGUUCGAGCCUGCAGGCCAGUUCUACAGUCGCGAGACUUGCUGUCUGCCUUUUCCGAAGAACAGUUGCCGUCCUAUGCUCGUGACCAAAGGGACCUUUUUGCCAACAAGAAGAGAGAGAAUGAGGGACGGCAAAGGAGCAGAACAUCGCGUCUAUGUGGACGUGUACCUUGGCAGUGAUGGUCAUGUCCCUACAGACUUUGACAUACUUGGUAGCUGGGCUGAUAUGAAGCUUCCCGACAUGCCGGUCGAUAUUGUCCUGGGAGGUCUGGGUCGACUGUGAGUGCAGGUACAUCUUAGAAAGCCUCGAUGAGCGUCGCGGUCCGGCUACACCUCGUGCUGCUAGUCCUUGGUCUCACAGGCUGAUCACUCAUGAUAGGCUCUUGAGGAAGAUCGCGGAAUGUGUCAGGGAGGUAUACAUUGCCCACGAACAUAGCAUUCCCGAUCGCGUAUUCAACAAUUAUGUAUCGUUCAGGUGUUUGACUGGGGUCGAGGUCGAGGAUGAAUGGCAGGGCAUGGUCGUGUCAGGAAUUUCCAACUUGGCCAACCCAUACACGACUGGCUAGGUUUAGCUGUCCGCCAAAUGUAUUUCAUCUCAACUGGUUGUACCUGUUUUAGUGAAGGAAAGGAUGCAUGGUCAAGGUGGUGGUCUCGACUAGUAGACAAGCGCACAGGGCACACAAAAUAAUCAUGCCGACCAACUGCCGACGAAUCAUGAAUAGUGUGUUCUUUGACUCUUUGCCUGCCUCACACU